CCUAAAGCCCCAUGGUUUUGUGCUUGUGUUUGUGUCUGUGAAAGACAAUGAAAUAAGAAGUGAAAGCAGCGGGAGAGAGGAUGCCUGCAUCACGUCAUCACUCACACCCUCAGUACAUUUGAGAUGUUAUCUGUGUCCACAGGUGGGGUUGGAGCACUUACCCAUGAGGCCUUGCACCAGCAUACAGCCCCAGAGGUGCAGCCACAGACGACGAAAGACACUGCAGCCCCUGCAGCCCCUAAAGCCCUGCAGUUGCUCGCGACUCUCGGCCAGACCGCUCUCCUGCCCUGCGACCUCCCAGACCCCCCUCCCUCUCUGCGUGACCUCCGGCUCUUCUGGCAAACGGCCAAAAGACACGAGGUGGUUCACGUCUUCAUCAAAGGCCGGGAAGAGUUUGAACAUCAGUCCCCUGCCUACCAUAACAAGACCCGGCUCUUCACCAGUCAGCUGCAGUUUGGCAACUUCAGCCUGGAGUUACGCAACGUCUCUGAGCACGACAACCUCACCACCUUUCAGUGUGUUGUAUGUCAUGGCAGCCUGGACUGUAAGACAACACUGAUUGACCUGUGGACAGUGGAGAGAAAAGAUGAUGGUGGCAAGGAAGAGUCAGUAGCGCCCCCUGCUGACAGGAGGGUGUGGCACAUCGGUAUCCCAGCAACUGCUUGUCUGUUGGGGCUACUGAUACUGACCUUUAUUAUCUGCCUCUGUCCAGGCACUGGGAACAAGUGCAGCUCAUCAUCCCCAUACAACAGCACUGACCCAGAGCGUGGUAAGGGGCCUCAGAAUGACCAUCUGAUGGCAGAAGAGUCCACAGUGGAGCUGGAGAUGAGAGAGGAGGAUGGAGGAGAAAGAAAGAGGGAGAGAGAGGAGGAUGGAGAAGAGAGGGAGAGUGAUAGAGAGGAGGAUGGAGGAGAGAAAGAGAGGGAUAGAGAGGAGGAUGGAGGAGCGAGAGAACAGAAGCAGGAUGGAGGAGGGAGAGGACCAUGGCAGUGGAGCACCGCUCUCUGUCCCUGCAGAACGGACACAGUGGAGGACAACAACAACAACAACAACAACAGCAACAGGAGAACCAUCUCCGCCUUACCUGUGUGAGAAACAACCCUAGGUAUUAGCUAUGAUAUGCAACACAUAAUGACAUUAUUAUAUAUUAUAUAUACCAGAGCAAGCUAGGCUUCUCUAUAGAAAUGUUACUAUACGUACGGUUUCCCAAAACACUGAAGACUGUUUGAUUGAAUUGAAUGUCAUUUCCAACAUUUGAAGGUCCCCUUUGUCUUCAUAUUACUGCUGCCACAAAAACAUGACAUAAUGGGUGUUCUUUUUCUUGUUUUGACGUAUAAUAAGCUGGGCAAUGUUGAGAUAUGUUUCCCUACGUAUACUGACCAGCAGAUUAUGCAUUACCCCUCACAUUAUAAAGAUAAUCAUAUUAAAGAAGAAUAAUAGUAAAGAUAACAAUUAUUAUUAAUAAUAAUAAUAAUAAUAAUAAUAAUAAUAAUAAUAACAAUAAUAAUAAUAAUAAGAAGAAGGUCGCUCAGAGAGUGCAGAAGUCCUCCAAGGCCAUGCAACUGAGUACCUGUGUGCAGUUGACAACCCACAGCUAGACCAACAGCCUGGUCUCUGCUGAAUUACUGUACUUAAACAGGCAUGGGCUUGGUCAGUACCAUUCUACUGCUAAGGUUUCCUGCCAUUCAGACCAUCUGUAAAAUAGACAUAGUUUCAUCAUUCAGUUAAUUCGAUGUCACUGACACUAUAUUACUGAAACUCCAAAGCCUCUCUUCUGGGUAAGUUUGUAUAUAGAUUUCAAAAACUCACAACUGACAAGUGUCCUACCUGUUAUUUACAUUUUUACACCACACAAGUCAGAAUGUCUAAGGUCUUUGCUUCUGGUAAAUCUGGGCCUCCAGUAUGUGCUCUCACAGCUUCUAGUGAUCAGAGAAACCAUGUUUAUAUAUAUAUAUAUAUAUAUAUAUAUAUAUAUAUAUAUAUAUAUAUAUAUAUAUAAAAUACACAUAUACAUAUACUGCAGCAGUAUUAAGACAGUAGCACAAAUAUUAAUAUAUUUAGGCUGUCCAUGAUUCAUGGUCAAACAGGUUUAUCAGGUUCUUCCUGUGACCAAGCUACAACUAGUUUUUUGCAUAAUCCUGAAUAGAGAUAAACAAGCUAACUGCACAUAAAUCAUGACCUCCUUAUUAGCAGAAAUGAUGAUGAUGGUGAUGAUGAUGACAGUGGUGCACAGAGAAUAUGUUAACACUCUGGAAGGUUUUUGUAAAAAAGAAAAAAAAAGGUUUCUAUUGCGAAUGCAUUGGAUAUAUUGACUCGCCCCUUUAUCUGCCAGACAUGCCCAGACAAGCCCAGACAUGCCUUCUAGCCAAUGACGUGUUCUGGGUUAUGAGUGUAAUGCAGCACAGGAGCAUUGUUCUGAGUUAUGAGUGUAAUGCAGCACUGGAGUGCCCCCUCGUGGAGAGGAGGGACACUGUAUUUGAGUUGGAUGAGUGUUGUACAAAUGUAAUGAAUGAUAAAAACUUAUUGUGUUAACUUAACUAUUGUGUUUUUGUUUCAAAACCAUGUUAAUCCACUAGUAUCCUACCUCCCUUCAGGUCUUGCUUCAAAAGUGGAGCAACUUAUCCCUUUAUAGUAUAAACAAUGUAGCGUGUUUGGCAGACUUUUUUAAGUUUACGUUUUUCAGACAUAUACUUUUUGAUUUGUUGUCUUUUGGGAAGCGAUGGAAACUGAACCAUCAUUGACAAGAACACUUCGAUUUCAGUUUAGUAUAUAAAAACAAAAUGACAUUUUAGCCACUGAAUAAGUUCAUUCCAGUCAUAUGUACAACCACAAACAUCAUGUUGUCCCUGAGCUCCGUAACGACAUAUCAUAAAGGUUUGCAACUUUACACAGUAAAUAAUAAUCAGAGAAAUUGCACAGAAAAUGUGCAUGCUGUGAUAACUAUGUGCAUGAUGUGAUGUGCAUGCUGUGAUAACUAUGUGCAUGCUGUGAUAACUAUGUGCAUGAUGUGAUGUGCAUGCUGUGAUAACUAUGUGCAUGCUGUGAUAACUACAGUAUGUGCAUGCUGUGAUAACUAUCAAUUGUGUUUUACAGCUAAUCCUUUCGAGCCAAUCUUUUUAUUUUCAAAAUGUGUUGAAGAUUCAAGUUAGGUCCAUUGUAAGGGGCAUGCUAAAACACAUCCUUCCCCACUGAAUAAAGGCUUUUAAAACAA